AGCAGGACCAGGACCUAGGGCAGCUCUGCAAGCAGCAUGGCCCCCUCAGCCUGGGCCAUCUGCUGCCUCCUGGGGGGCCUCCUGCUCCGCGGGGGCUGCCCCAGCCCCGGCCCCAGCGUGCCCCGCCUGCGGCUCUCCUACCGAGACCUCCUUUCUGCCAACCGUUCUGCCAUCUUCCUGGGUCCCCGGGGCUCCCUGGACCUUCAGGCCCUGUACCUGGACGAGUACCGGGACCGCCUGUUUCUGGGUGGCCGUGAUGCCAUCUACUCCCUGCGACUGGACCAGGCAUGGAUGGAUCCCCGGGAGGUCCUGUGGCCGCCGCAGCCAGGACAGAGGGAGGCAUGUGUUCGCAAGGGAAGAGAUCCUUUGGUGGACUGCGCCAACUUUGUGCGGGUGCUGCAUCCCCACAACCGGACCCACCUGCUGGCAUGUGGCACCGGGGCCUUCCAGCCCACCUGCGCCCUCAUUGCAGUUGGGCAUCGUGGGGAGCAUGUACUCCACCUGGAGCCUCGCAGUGUGGAAAGUGGGCGGGGGAGGUGCCCACAUGAGCCCAGCAGUCCUUUUGCCAGCACCUUUGUAGGAGGGGAGCUGUACACAGGCCUCAAUGCUGACUUCCUGGGGCGUGAGGCCAUGAUCUUCCGGAGUGGGGGACUCCGGCCAGCCUUGCGUUCUGACUCUGACCAGAACCUUCUGCAUGAACCCCAAUUUGUGAUGGCUGCCCGGAUCCCGGACAAUCUGGACCAGGAUGAUGACAAGGUGUACUUCUUCUUCUCGGAGACAGUCCCCUCGCCUGAUGGGGGCCUGGGCCAUGUCAUCGUCAGCCGCGUGGGCCGCGUCUGUGUGAAUGAUGCAGGUGGCCAGCGGGUGCUGGUGAACAAAUGGAGCACCUUCCUCAAGGCCAGGCUGCUCUGCUCCGUGCCUGGCCCUGGCGGCACCGAGACCCACUUUGACCAGCUGGAGGACGUGUUCCUGCUGUGGCCCAAUGCAGGGAAGAGCCCAGAGGUGUACGCUCUGUUCAGCACGGUCAGUGCUGUGUUCCAGGGUUACGCUGUCUGCGUGUACCACAUGGCGGAUAUCUGGGAGGUCUUCAAGGGCCCCUUUGCCCACCAAGAUGGUCCCCAGCACCAGUGGGGGCCCUAUGGGGGCAAGGUGCCCUUCCCCCGCCCUGGCGUGUGCCCCAGCAAGAUGACCGCACAGCCAGGACGACCCUUUGGCAGCACCAAGGACUACCCCGAUGAGGUGCUGCAGUUUGCCCGAGCCCACCCACUCAUGUUUCGGCCUGUGCGUCCUCGGCGGGGCCGCCCUGUCCUCGUCAAAACCCACCUGGCCCAGCAGCUGCGUCAGAUCGUGGUGGACCGUGUGGAGGCAGAGGACGGGACCUACGAUGUCAUCUUCCUGGGGACUGACUCAGGUUCUGUGCUCAAAGUCAUUGCCCUCCAGGUGGGAGGCUCGGCUGAGCCUGAAGAGGUGGUUCUGGAGGAGCUCCAAGUGUUUAAGGUGCCAACACCCAUCACUGAGAUGGAGAUCUCCGUGAAAAGGCAAAUGCUGUACGUGGGCUCGAGGCUGGGCGUGGCCCGGCUCCAGCUACACCAGUGUCAGACUUACGGCAGUGCCUGUGCAGAGUGCUGCCUGGCCCGGGACCCGUACUGCGCCUGGGAUGGUGCCUCCUGCACCCGCUACCGGCCAGGCACCAGCAAGCGCCGGAUCCGCCGACAGGAUAUCCGGCAUGGCAACCCUGCCCUGCAGUGCCUGGGCCAAAGCCAGGAAGAGGAGGCUGCAGGACUCGUGGCAACCACCGCGGUCUACGGCACGGAGCACAACAGCACCUUCCUGGAGUGCCUGCCCAAGUCCCCCCAGGCCGCUGUGCGCUGGUUCUUGCAGAGGCCGGGGGACGACGGGCCUGACCAGCAGGUAAAGACAGAUGAGCGCAUCCUGCAAACGGAACAGGGUCUGCUGUUCCGCAGGCUCAACCGCCUGGAUGCGGGCACCUACACCUGCAUGACCCUGGAGCACGGCUUCUCCCAGGUGGUGGUCCGCCUGGCUCUAGAGGUGAUCGUGGCUGCGCAGCUUGACGGCCUGUUCCCUCGGCAGCCCAGGCCAGAGGAGCCUGCAACCCGGGGAGGCCCAGCCUCCGCCCCCUCCAAGGCCUGGUAUAAGGACAUUCUGCAGCUCAUUGGCUUCGCCAACCUGCCCCGGGUGGAUGAGUACUGUGAGCGCGUGUGGUGCCCCUCCCGCAGCCGGAGCCGUGGCAAACAGGCCAAGGGCAAGAACUGGGUGGGGCUGGAGCUAGGCAAGAAGGUGAAGAGCCGGGUGCAAGCUGAGCGCAAUCGGACACCCCGGGAAGUGGAGGCCACAUAGGAGAGGGAUGAGGAGAGGGUAGUUGGGAUAGGCCGAGUGGCCAGCAUGAGCCCCCAGCAUCUCCCACUCACCCACCCGGUUAGGGCAGAGGAGGCCAACGUGCCUGAUUGUCUCUUAGAGAUGGGAAUUUCUGCCCCCAGACUCCUACCAGGUCACCCACAGGAAACGCUGGGGCCUGAUGGAGGGCCCUGUGUCUGAGGCCUAUUCCCUGCCCCUCUCUGUGCUCAGUCCCAGGCUGGAACCAGCACCCUCUGGCUGCUGGCAACCCCAGUGGGACUGCUAUUUGUUCUCAGACAAGGCCCCCGAGCACAUUUCCGCUUGUGCCCGGGGGCCAGAGGCGAGAGGGCUGGGUGGUUCUCACCCAGCCUGCAGAACAAUGGCCAUUCUGAGUGACCCUUCCAGUGGGUGUGUGGGUGUGUGGGUGCGUCUGAGGAGGUGCCUGGGCAGGGGGCCCUCAGGCAGCCAAGGAGGGUAGAAGUUGCCUCCUAAGCUAGCACGGGGGAAGAAGACCUUUCCUGCGAGGUGGGUGGGAAAGUGGAGGCACUGAGAAGACGUUACAGCAAGACCCCCUCACACUCCAUGCCCUGCAAUCUUGGUGGUUCCCCACUGCCCACCACCUCUUCUCCAUCUCAGAAUCAUAGAAGCAUGGACUGCGAGAGCUCCCUGGGUCCUGGGGAUGGUCUGGACCUCAGGCCCCACUUCACAAAUGAAAGCAAGAGAACAUUUCACAGCCUGACUUCCCUUCCCUAAGUCCCAGAGCUGCCAGGCCAAGUUUCCUGGGAUGCCCACACUCCUGAUGGGAUUGGCCCUCCCUACCAUCAGGGUCUCCACGCUGAUGAGCAGGGAGUGGGGGGAUUCUAGGAGAAUGUUAUCCCCCAUCUCUGUGGACUAGAGAUAGGGAAAGGGGAGCUGGGAAAGUGUGGGGUAGUUGGAGGAGUGAGCUGUCUUUCCCAGGGCAAUGCAACCUUGCCCACAGCCUGGAAGGGUGGGAAUGUGACAGCUUUGUGAGCAAGCUACAGCUGGUGGGCAGGACCAGGGGCAGGGCUUUGCCUGGUGGGCCACAGAGGACUGAGGCUUUUGAGAUGAAAGGGGAAAGGGUGGGAGACCCUCGGAUGGGCUUUGGAACCCAAGGGCAGGCAUUCUCAGGGACCCAAGAAGGCAUCGGUUAGCCCAGGAGCCAAGUAUUUCCCACCCUGGGAUCUUUGGUUUCUGCUAAAUAAGGGUUUGUCAUGGAUGGUUCAUUUAUGAAAAUUUUUCUCUUUUAAGGGAAAGAAAUGUAGGGGAGAAGCUGCUAAAUCCUGCUGGCUCUUGGGGGCGAGGCUCAGGUGGCCAGGAUGCAUUCUGUCUGGGCGCGUAGGGAGGUGUUUUUGCCAUCAGCGGUAAUGUGUUUCUUGGGCUGGGGAGCAUGGAGGGGGAGGAGGAGGACUAAAUGAAAAGUUGUUCCCAGACUGCGUAUGAACAAGUCAGUGACGCACAAAACCGACAGGAGGGAGACAAGAGCAUCAGGUUCGAGAUUCCCUCCAUUAAAAAAUCAAGAUGAAGAGAGGAAGGAAAAAAAAACACAGACAAAAAGCAAUACAGGGCUUCCUGCCCUGUUGAACUCAAACCCAGACUGUGUCUGCCUUGGAUUUUAUCCAAGACCCCCAUGCCCCACCACCACCUCCAGAGAACUGGAAUCUGAAACAGGCCCUUCUUUCUCCCUUUGGAGUAAGUGAAACAGAAGCACUGAGGUUACCUUGAUAACACUUUGGGAAGCCGCUGGCCUGGGGUGGUUGUGGCUGAGAUGUCAGCAGGUGAAAGCAGAGGAGAGGACUGUGGGGAGGGGCCUGGAGAAGAAAGGGGAGGAGGAGGUAGAGGCCACGGAAGAGGGUAGAAUGGAACAGGUGUCAGAGCUGCAGCCAACUCUGCCCCUCUGUCCCAGGAAGAAGCAACUGGGCCUCUAGGCUGGGUCCAUGUGUGGCCGGCUCCAGGCAGGGUCCCCUAGGGAAGUUACUCUGGAAAACAGAGGGAGAAGGAGUUAAAAAUCCUGAACCAGGAACACCAGCAUUUGGAAAAUUAUGGACAGCUUCUACUGAUUGCCCACCCCUAUCCCCCAUGGUACUGUGUGUUAUUAACGCCUGGAAAUGCCUCUAUGUGUGAAUUCUAUUUUUGUAUUCAUAUGUUGAGAUGGGCCUUGUGGUUUCUCUGUCUUCAAAGCACAGUUCUCAUAAUUACUAUUGUUCCUUUGUCACUGCCCCUCAGUGCUGGUGAGGACAGCACAGUGGUUUACCACACAACCUACAAGGAAAGGGAUGAAGUUAAUAUUUAUAUCACAUAAUUAUAUCGUUAUUGUACCUGUGUAUUUCUGUACUAAAUUGUCUGAUGCUAUGUUUGUGAGCUGGAAAUGAAGAGCCUUCCCUGACCAUUCUAGGAGGGAUAAGCCACUCUGGGUGGUAUUUCCUAGAAGAGGAGAUAGGUAUCAGGGGAAGGAAGGAGUCAGAGGGCUUUGCCUAUGAAGUGGAGAUUGCUUGUUAAAUUAGGAAAAUCCUGUCCCUUGGGCUUCUGAGACUUCUUGGAACUUCAGGAAGAUCUCAAGCCAGGAAAAAAAAUGCUGGCAAAGGGUAGCUGGGCACGUAGGCUGCCCUGCUCCUUUUUCAUAAUUACACUUGACUUUUUGAUAGCAA